AUGGGGUUUUUCGCCGGAUUCUUCAGCGGCUUUGCCUUGACCACCACCGCUCUAUACCUCUCCAUCCAAGUCCACCGGUCAAAUCGGCUGGAUCAGCGCGAUGUCAUCCGCGAGCAGACCCGGAUCUUGAACCAGCUGGCCUCCCCGAUAGGCGCAUAUGACCGGCGCCUGGCCCCGACCACUCUUCCCAAGCCCGACAGAGAAACGAGUGCGGAGUCGUCGCGACCGGAACUGAAGGAUCUCCUAAAGCAUCGGUGGAACAAGGAGGUCGAGACGCUGGCCCGGAAAGCGUACGAGAGUCGGUGGGAGGAUGCGCGGGCGACCGCCGCGGAAGGAUGGAGAAGCGUGGUGCGACUGGUGAAGAGAGAAUGA